GUGCGAUCAGCAGCAGCAAUAGCAGCCGAAGUAGCAGUGCAAAGGGCUGGCAGUACAGAGUGCUGGACUUGGAUUCAGGAAGACCAGAGUUCAGAUCCUAUCAGAAACUUAUUAUCUGGGGCAGCUAGGUAGCACCCUGAAUAGAGAGAGCACCAGACCUGGAGCCAGGAGGACCAUGGUUCAAAUGUGGUUUCGGACUCUGUAUGACCCUGGGCAAGUCACUUAGCCCCCAUUUGCUUUCUUCUGCCCUAGAAUUGAUAUUGACAGAAGUGAUCACAUGGAAAAUGUUUGUGGCUAUUUGAUGAAAUAUACCAACCUUGUCACUGGCUGGCAAUACCGGUUUUUCGUUUUAAAUAAUGAAGCUGGACUUUUGGAGUAUUUUGUGAAUGAACAAUCUAGAAAUCAGAAGCCCAGAGGUACUUUGCAUCUAGCUGGAGCUGUGAUAUCUCCCAGUGAUGAGGACUCUCAUACCUUUACUGUAAAUGCUGCCAGCGGGGAGCAAUAUAAACUCAGAGCCACAGAUGCUAAAGAACGACAGCAUUGGGUUAGCAGACUUCAGAUCUGUACACAACAUCACACAGAAGCUAUUGGAAAGAAUAAUCCUCCUCUAAAGUCUCGGAGCUUCUCACUUGCAUCUCAAGGUAGUGGUAACUCUCCUGGUUCACAGAGAAGACCGAGUCAGAACGCCAUUUCUCUUUUUAAUGUUGGACAUUCCAAACUACAGUCUGUGGGCAAAAGAACUCAGUUGCAACCUGACCACCUUGUGGAAGUCAGAGAGAUGAUGUCUCAUGCAGAAGGACACCAAAGAGAUUUAAUUAGACGAAUUGAAUGCCUUCCUACUUCUGGCCAUCUUACUUCCUUGGAUCAAGAUCUCUUGAUGCUCAAAGCAACUUCCAUGGCAACUCUGAAUUGUCUGAGUGACUGCUUUCACAUUCUCCAACUACAACAUGCAUCACAUCAAAAAGGAUCUUUACCUUCAGGGGCAACAAUCGAAUGGUUGGAACCAAAAUUACCUUUGCCAAACCACUAUAAGAAUGGAAGUGAUCAAACCUUUGUACCUGAGCAGAAUAAACCAGUAGCAGUCCAAGAAGAGUCAUCCAUUUCAGAAUCUGGACUCUUAACAAAGGAACCUGAGGCAAUAAAUGCAGAUGAUGAGGUGGAAGAUACUUGUGAUAAUAAGGAAGAUGACCUGGGAGCUGUGGAAGAACAGCGUAGUGUUAUCCUACAUCUACUGUCACAGCUUAAACUGGGCAUGGAUUUAACAAGAGUGGUUCUUCCUACCUUUAUUCUAGAGAAACGUUCUUUGCUGGAAAUGUAUGCAGACUUUAUGUCUCAUCCAGACCUUUUUAUAUCUAUCACUAAUGGAACUACUGCAGAAGACAGGAUGGUCCGUUUUGUAGAGUACUAUCUUACUUCAUUUCAUGAAGGCCGUAAGGGAGCUAUUGCAAAGAAACCCUACAAUCCCAUCAUUGGAGAAACAUUUCACUGUUCCUGGAGGAUGCCGAAGAGUGAUGUAGCAUCCAGCAUGACCACCAGCUCUUCCUCCCAGGCAAUCUCAGAUCAGGCUUCUCUGCCAGAGCCUUUGAACCAGGUGGAAUCAGACUGUUAUACUGUCAGAUUUGUUGCUGAACAAGUGUCUCAUCAUCCUCCAGUCUCAGGGUUUUAUGCAGAAUGUGCAGAGAGGAAGAUGUGUGUAAAUGCUCACGUUUGGACUAAAAGCAAAUUCUUGGGAAUGUCAAUAGGAGUGACAAUGGUUGGAGAAGGUAUCCUUAGUCUUUUGGAGCAUGGAGAGGAGUAUACAUUUUCCCUGCCAUGUGCAUACGCCCGAUCAAUUUUGACAGUUCCUUGGGUAGAAUUAGGUGGAAAAGUAAAUGUUAACUGUGCAAAGACUGGAUAUUCAGCUAGCAUUACUUUUCAUACCAAACCAUUCUAUGGUGGCAAACUACACCGGGUUACAGCUGAAGUAAAACAUAAUACUUCUAAUACUGUGGUAUGCAGAGUACAGGGAGAAUGGAAUAGUGUUCUUGAAUUCACUUACAGUAAUGGAGAGACAAAGUAUGUGGACUUGACUAAAUUAUCUGUGACUAAAAAAAGAGUUCGGCCCUUGGAGAAGCAGGGGCCUUUUGAAUCUAGACGACUAUGGAAAAAUGUCACAGAGUCUCUAAGGGAUUCUGAAAUUGAUAAGGCAACAGAACAUAAACGAGCUCUAGAGGAGCGUCAGAGGAGUGAAGAGAGGCAUCGUGCUGAGACAGGCACAGCGUGGCAAACCAAAUAUUUUAUUAAAGAGGGAGAAGGCUGGGUUUAUUAUGACCCCCUUUGGAAAACAAUCCCAGUGACACAACCAGCCGAGUGAACCAAGCUAGCUAAGACUCUCCAGGAUUUGGUUUCUUCUGCUUACUUUACCCCUAACCCUGUCAGAAUGGAGCUACUACAGUGAGCAUCUUGUUUUUGAUGGCACAGUUAAAAGGACACAUCUAGCAGGGCACUUUAGUACUACCAAAAAUCCAAGCUAUUGAAGAAAGGUAGUGGACCUUUUCAUGGACUUCUUUCGUAUAACACAAACAAUGCCAUCUUCAAGUCUUUUACAUGAAUUAUUAGACAAUUUAUUCUUAUCUGGUUUCUGCUACGAAGGCUAACCAAGUUUCAGACCACUUGACUUUGCAAGUAGCAGCCAGACCCAGUGGCAUGGGCACAGCAGCUCUGAUUCCAUGGAUUUGAGAAGUGGAGCUUCUUUCAAGGUCUAUACUUUGUUUUGUGUCAGGGACUGACCUUUCCCUACACAUAUAAACAAAGUGGAACUUGUGAUUCAAGGAAGAAAUUCGUGAAGGAAAAAAAAAAGACUUCGACUGAGACGAACACAGUCACUGGACCUGGAAUCAGUGUUAGAAACCAACCAGAUUGGGGUAACAAGACACUUCUCUUCUUCAGAAAAGACUGUGUUGUGGGCCCACAUCUGAGAAAAGUACCAAUCUCUGUUGGAACUCCAUUUUUAAAAAAAUUUAUAAAUUGGUUAGAAUUAUAACCAUGGAGAAUUUUUCCCCCCCUGAACCAUUUUAAUAUACUUGAAAACAAAUUUGACUUGAAUUGACAAAAGUCCUUCAGAAUGCUUUUCAGCAGAUUUUAAUAAAUAUCACGUGAGAGACUCUUUUUAACAAAUGUAUCCAUGUUGUCAGUGUGGUGAGGUUUGGGGACUUUCUUGAACUAAGGCAGUGAAGGGAAUAGCAAACAUUAAAAAAUGUAUUACUUUUUUGUCCUUGAUUUUUUUUUCUAUUUUGAAAACAAAUAUCCAGUAUUAUAUGCUAUUCCUGUGGAUUAGUUUGAUUUCUCUUCAUUCAAAAUUCAAAGCAACCACCAGUGUUUGUCAUUAAUCUAGGAAGAGUUGUUUAUUGUGAUGGAAAAUACAUGAACUGUUGUUUUGCUUUGUUUUGUUUGAAAAUCAUAUGUCAAUGAAAGGUUAGUAUGAAAUAGAAAUUUAUUAGGAAAUGUAUUCAGGUACAGACAUUCUUUUUUUUAAUAAGUAUUUUAUUGAAGCUUAAGAAUUGCUGGCAAUUAAGAGAAUAGUGCUGAUUAUGGCUUUCAUUAUACAUUCAUUCAACAAGUAUUUAUUGAGUACUCAUUGUGUGUACUCAGCACUUGUUAUUACAAGCUACCUUAAUUUUCCCAGAGUGGUGCCUUAUUCUGUUUCUUCUGAUGUAGUCUUCCAAUCAGUGUGUAUCUGUAAUAAAAUUGUUCAUCAGCCAUUUUGGGUGGCUGGUUCCAUUGCAUCAUCAUGAGAACCCUUUUGUGAUUCUGUCAUUUAUGUUCUACUAAAGGGAUAAAUGGAAUGAGAACAUCCAAAAAAGAGUUUAAAUAGUUUUUUAACAAACUGUAAAUCAUACAUGCAAAAGAUUUCCUUUAUGCACAAUUACUUAAUAAUUCCUUUGUUCAUUUUGCUGUGAAAUGCACUGAAAAAUCUCAAAAUGAGUCAUAGUCCCUGUGUGGGGAAAUGGAAAAAUAAUAAAAAUACAAAACAAUGA